AUGAAACAAAAAAAUAGACAUAUAUUCUUUAUAUUUGAUUGUGUUGACAUACAGAGUGCACUUUCAUCGUUAACUUCAACCCCUGUAGAGAUACGAAGGAAUAGUUCAGGGACUCAGCUUCCUGCCAAGUAUAUUCGAGCAACCAGCGUCAAGUCCGCUACACUUAAUCCUGUAUGGGAGGAGAAGUUUAAAUUUGACCUGGAUGAUCAAAACACAGAUUGCUUCCAUCUUGAUAUCUGGGAUCAUGAUGACGAGGAGAGUGUUAUAGAAGCUGUUGGUAAACUCAACCAGGUGAAGGGAGUAAAAGGAAUGCGAAGAUUCUUUAAACAGAUCGCACAGUCAGCCAGAGGCUCCGAUCAAGACGACUUCCUGGGCUGUAUAACCUUGGCAGUACAGGAUAUACCAAGUACAGGCCUGGACACAUGGUACAAGCUGGCCGGCAGGUCUCUCAGGUCCCAGGUUCAAGGAUCUAUUCAUCUAAAAAUAUGGCUGUCCUCACGAGAAGACAGAGGUUUGAGCGAAGAGGAAGAUAACAAGAACGAACUUCAACAGCAAUUUCAUCUUUAUCAUAUAUUCAUCAACCAUGCUAUUGCUAACCUCAAGGGUGGAAUAUCUGAAUGGGAUGGUUCUCUCUGCCAAGCAGCAAACACUAUUCUUCAUCAGCAUGCAAUACAGGGGGAUAUAAACAAUCUGCAGGUUGCUACUGUUCACUGGAGAGUUCUACUGUCUGUAGCUAAAGGGGACAACCUAGAUUUGGAGAUAUUAUACUCCUCUUUGCGUACUAUAGAACAAAGGUGGGAUAAGUCUAAGUUAUCAAAAGAUGAAGAGGCACAGUUGGCGGCAAGUUUUACAAGUUUUAUUGAUGAUUGCCUGGAGAAGAUAAAGGAUUUAAAUACAUGGUUUCCUCACAAUAGACCCUCAGCUAAAGGGAACCUAGAAUAUAUGCUUAGGUGCCUCUACCAGCUGUCCGAGAUGAAGACCUUCUCCUCCUGCUGCCCCUUUAACAAGGAGAUCAGGAGCGAUGUUAUCCUGGCGAUUAAGAAGGGGGUGACGGAUAGGUUUAGGAGAUUAGUUAUCAGGGCUGGAGGGGAGGAAGCAGAUAUUAAGAAUAGAACUGGGACUGUCUCUUUAAUCCUGGAGGAGGUUAUUCAAGAUCUAGACAACGCUUCAUGCUUCUAUGAUAAAAUAUUUGACAGUACGAUGAAGGUUCAUUAUACAGCAACCAUCUUCAAGCAGCUCAACAGGCUUAUCUGUGAACGUGUGUAUCCUAUCCUAGUGGAUAUCUGUCAAGAAGAUGACCAAGAGACAGAGGACGAGGGGUUUAAAACACUGAUUCAACAGUUUCAGCUUUGUCAUGAGUUUAGGAGGUUCCAAGGGUUCGGAGAGGGACUGUCUAGAGUGGAUAAACGUGGUUUAAAUCUAAACAGAUUUCAAGAAUACUUCGUACCAGCAUUUAAUCUUUGGCUAGACAAAUCAAAACCUAAGUUGUUAGAGCGAGUGUAUAAAUGCCUAGAACUGGAUCAUUGUACAACACAAUACCAGGAUAUUAAGUACACCACUAGUGCCAUAGACCUUACAGCUUCAAUAUAUCAGAUAAAGGAAGUUUGGACUUCAAUGAAGUUUACGAAAUCAGAGAAUACUCAAUUUUUAGAAGUUAAACUAUUUGAGGUGUUAAGUGAAGCUAUAGUACUGUACACUGACCACAUACACAAUGGCCUAGAGGAAUCAGGAUAUUAUGAACAGGAUACCCCAACACUUAUUUCUGAUCAGAUGUGUACCGCAGUAAACAACCUGGAGCAUGUUUUUAAACAUUUCGAAUGUUCAGCUUCAGAACUAGGGAUGUCUCAACCCUUAUCUCAGGAGUCAUCUGAGAGAAGUGAUUACGUUGAAAUAAAUCCAGUUAUUGAACAAACUUUGGCGUACAUAGAUUCUACAGUGUACAAGAUCCUCAGUAAAAUACUGAUCCAGAUGGAAGCAGGACUGAAAAAGAAUGUAUUCCAUCUGGCCUGGUCUCCUGAUUCUCUUCCUAUACAAGAAGCAAUCUCUCCACUAAUCACCUUCCUUACUAUUCACUUAACAAGUUUGAAUGGUGCACUGUUAGCUGGAAACUUUCGGCGAUGUCUAGUUGUUCUAUGGCAAGCCAUUCUAGAGAGGCUCCGAGAACACACAGAUCCAUCAACGGGGGAGAAAACCCAGUUAUUCUAUGAUCGACUGCACGAUGGAGUUCAGAUUUUAAGUGAAUACUUCCAAUGCGAUGGAAAAGGCUUGAAGCAGGAAGAAAUAUAUAAUCAAAGCUACGCAAACAUUGACAUGGUCUUUGGCCAUGCUAAGCUGAGUACUGAUCAGCUGAUUGCAGAGUAUUAUAAGGAGAGACUGAAUGAUCAAUACAAUAUGGGAACACAGGAGUUCGGAGUUCUCUCUGUUCGAGUUUACUUCAGACACGACAAUCUCAGCAUUGAAAUUAUAUCUGCCAAAGAUGUGAUACCCUUGGACCCCAACGGACUAAGUGACCCCUAUGUAACUAUAGAACUCCUUCCUAAGUUUGUAUUUCCUAAAUGUCCUGAGCUUGUGACUGCAGUACAGAAGGCAACCCUUCAACCUUCAUUUGAGGAAACAUUCGAGUUCAACAUACGACGGGAGCAGUGUCGAGAUCAUGGCUCUGUAAUCUGCUUCACACUAAUGGACUACGAUGUGCUGACUGCAAACGACUUCGGAGGGGAAGCGUUCAUAUCACUCAGUUCUGUACCUGGAGUAGAACAAGGAUCCUCAACUGUUGAUAAUUUCCAUGGACUUAAACCUAUUCAUCUUCCUCUUAUGUUUCAGAAAAAUAAGGAGCACCCUAUUCUCCACACCCUAGAGCUGAGGAAGAACGAUAAAGCUGCACAAGAAUUUAUCAAAAAACAAAAAUUUAGAUUUCAAGAAUAAAAAAGAACACCUGGACUAGACACCCGGAUUAAGGAAAACUAACAUCAAUUCCGAAAUUUAAAAAUUACAUUGAAUCAGGAAUUUGCAUAAAAAUUUUGAUUCAGAAUUAAAUCUGGAAUCAGGAAUACUAACUUUAAUUCAGAAAUAAAUCUGGAAUCAGGAAUACUAACUUGAAUUCAGAAAUAAAUCUGGAAUCAGGAAUACUAACUUUAUUUCAGAAAUAAAUCUGGAAUUCUAACUUUAAUUCAGUAAUAAAAUUCUGAAAUCAUGAUAAAGAAUCUAGAUUCAGGAGUACACGCCUAAAUUUAGGAAUACAUAUCGGAAUUCAGAAAUAUAAAUCUGGAUUCAGAAAUAUGAAUCUGGAUUCAGAAAUAAAUAAAAUAAAUAAAUAAAAAAAUUAAAACAUGUGACAAUUGUUGAUGUUAUGUUUAUCAUAACUGAAAAGAUAGUUUUUUAAUCAAUUAAUAAUUCGAAAAGAAUCAAAGAGAGAUUGAUUAUAGUUUCUUAUUAUUAGAAUAUUAAAAUGAAUUUCUUAAAUUAAGGAUUUCAAGAAUUCCUAAAAAUAGAUCUAUAAAAUGAGAGCUUUUACCAAAGUUAAGCAAGUAAGCUUAAUUCAGAAAUAAUUAUAUCAAUUUGUUUUAACUGGUUGUGCCAUGAUGUUGUGCAAUCUGGGCUGUUUUUUACCAUCUGUACUGCUCUGUGCAAUAUUAACUGUACUGUGCAGUAUUUACUGUGCUAUGCAUUAUUUACUGUACUGUGCAAUAUUUACUGCUCUGUGCAGUAUUUACUGUAAUGUGCAGUAUUUACUGUUCUGUGCAGUAUUUACUGUGCUGUGCAGUAUUUACUGUACUGUGCAGUAUUUACUGUACAGUGCAGUAUUUACUGUACAGUGCAGUAUUUACUGUACAGUGCAGUGUUUACUGUCCUGUGCAGUAUUUACUGUACUGUGCAGUAUUUACUGUUCUGUGCACAUAGAUUCAGCCUCCUUAUAAACAGUCUCAUCAAUUUUUAAGACAGGGCUGACUUUGAAGUGUCGCAACACCC